UAAAGGCCUGAAAUAAAAAAAAAGGGGGGGGAAGAGAGAGAGAGAGAGAGGGAGAGGGAAAAAGAGAGAGUGAAAUCUCCCUCCCCCUCCAACAACACCCCAUCGGUAAACUGGGGGGGGAGGGGGGGUCCUUCCGAUCCUCCCUUCCUGACAUUCCCCCCACCCCACAUCAGGCCCCCUCCCCCACCCUGAGGCUGGGACCAUUGAAAGCCAUGAAUUUUGAAUUUGAGAGGGAGAUUGGGUUUAUAAACAGCCAGCCAUCGCUCGCGGAGUGCCUGACUUCCUUCCCCGCUGUCUUGGAGACAUUUCAAACUUCAUCAAUCAAGGAGUCGACAUUAAUUCCUCCUCCUCCUCCUUUCGAGCAAACCAUCCCCAGCCUCCAGCCAGGCGCCUCCACCCUUCAGAGACCCCGGAGCCAAAAGAGAACCGAUGAUGGGCCGGCUCCGCCGCCACCGCCGCUGCCUCAGCCGCCUCUCUCUGCAGCUCCCCUGGCUCCCGAAUUCCCCUGGAUGAAAGAGAAGAAAUCGACCAAGAAACCCAGCCAAUCGGCCUCCUCCCCUGCCCCAGCUUCCUCCACAGUGCCGGCCUCUGGAGCUGGAUCGCCCGCAGAUACCCCUGGACUGCAGGACAGCAGCGGCGGCGGGGCCCGGAGACUACGCACCGCCUACACAAACACACAACUGUUGGAGCUGGAGAAGGAAUUCCAUUUUAACAAAUACCUGUGCCGGCCCCGCCGAGUGGAGAUAGCGGCGCUGCUGGACUUGACUGAGAGGCAGGUCAAAGUGUGGUUCCAGAAUCGACGAAUGAAGCACAAACGACAGAACCAGCAAAAGGAACUUCUGGAUGGUGAAGGUGCUUACCCUGGGGCUCUGGAGGAGGGCAGCGACCCAGCGGAGGAGCCCGAGGGCAGCCCAGCCCUGGGUAAAGCCCUGGAUGCCCCAUUGCCGUCUCUAGGAGAUAAAGAGGCCUGUUCUCUCCCCACCAAACCCAUUCUAGGUCAACUAGGACCUCGGGGGCAGUCUGCCCCAUCAGAGAAUUCGAACGCUGAGAGUCCUCAGUACCCCGAGGGCAGGCCAGGAGCACUGGAACCUGAAGCUCUCCUGGAAGACUCUUUCCCCGAAGGGCAAGAUUCUCCCUUCUUGCCCGAUCUCAAUUUCUUUGCUUCAGAUUCCUGUUUCCAGCUCUCGGGAGGGCUUUCCCCUAACCUGCAGGGCUCCCUGGAUAGCCCAGUUCGAUUCUCUGAGGAAGAUUUGGAUUUUUUCACCAGCACACUCCGAACCAUCGACUUAGAACACCUACAAUUCCAAUAAUACCCCCUCCCCCAAACACACACCCCAUGCAUUCCCUCUCUCUUCACUUUGUACCAGGGAGUACUCUUCCUAGAUUAGAGGACUUCUGUUCCCUUCCCUCCCCGUUCUCUAUUCCCAUAGGAUCCUUUAUAAGUUUUGCUAAAAAUUCAGGUAUUGUCGAAUUUGAGACUUAUUGGGUUCCUUUCACUCUCUGUGUGUCUGUCUCUCCCCUAUCUCUGUCCCCCUCUUCUGUGUCUCUGAGUCUCCCUGUUUCUGUCUCUCAUUUAUUAGACACUUGGACUUCUCUUUUAAAAACUCACAGAAAUCCUUUUGAUGAACUUCCAAUUAAAUCUCAGGAAUAAUAAAACUCUUGGGGGGGGGUUUCUUAAGAAGAAACAGAGGGACUUAUUUUCCUCUUUUUUAAGUUUUAGACUGUAGACUAUUUAUUAAAAUUCUUUAAUAGGAAAAAGGGGAAAGUAUUUAUUGUAUAUUAUUUUCAUAGAUUAAAUAAAUGUCUUUAUUAUACGAAAA